GGAAACAUGUGAUUUCCGUUAUCGUAUUUACGUAAACAAAUAAUGUUAGUUUUCUGAAAUUAUUAUCUAUAUUUUUUUCGUCACUCACGUUACCUUCAACAACUUUAUUUAUUUGAUAUUAUUUUUUCUAAAAUUCUCCGCGGGACUUGGUUAUUUGGACUCAAGAGACCUCAAAACGUGUAUUUCUGUUGAAAUCCCAGAUUAUGUUCGCGAUUGCAAUACUUUAUCUUACUAUAUAUUACAUAUAUAGGAGGAGAAUGACGCCAUUGCCCGGGAAUGUCGAGUGUCUAAGGCCGGCACUAAUUUUUUCAACUAUUGUUCAAAACAAGUUGCAAGUGAAAGAAAAUCACAGAAUGGUCAACUUCAACGUCAAUACAGUAAUAGGUAGUGGUACUCAACCAAUCAGAAAAUUCUUCUUUGAUCCUGCAUGGCAACUUUCAUAAUCAUAUUCCGCCAGGAAUAGAG